AUGAAGACAUCACCUCAAUUUGUGGACGAAGUACCGCAUAAGCCGGCGACAGAUUAUAGCAGAUGGCGACUACAGGUUACAGACGUUGGUAGACACCAGUGGAAAUAUCUCAGCCCUGAGCAAUCCGCUGCUUCUCCCCAGACAAUAGAAGACAAAUUUUGGCUCGGUUUGGAAACUUCACUUCCUCAACUUCCUGAACCGAGAAACCCUUUCGAUGCAGCUCGAAAUGGAUUUAAAUUCUACAAGCAGAUCCAAUCAGUAGACGGUCAUUGGGCUGGUGAAUACGGUGGUCCAAUGUUUUUACUUCCCGGACUUGUUAUCUCAAAUUACAUAUCAGGAGUGAAGUUAGCAGAGGAACAGAGAGUGGAGAUUAUUAGAUAUCUAUUCAAUAGAGCCCAUGCUGAUGAUGGUGGUUGGGGAAUACAUAUAGAAAGCCUUUCAACUGUCUUUGGUACAGCUCUCAAUUACACCGCACUCAGGCUACUAGGUGUGGAAGCUGAUCAUCCUAUCAUGACUAAAGCUAGAGGAACACUGCACAAAUUCGGCGGUGCAACUGGUGCACCUGCUUGGGGGAAGUUCUGGCUUGCCUGUUUAGGCGUAUAUGACUGGGAUGGUGUCAACCCUGUCCCUCCUGAACUUUGGUUACUUCCAGAUUGGUUACCAAUUCACCCGACAAGGUGGUGGAUCCACUGCAGACAGAUAUACCUACCAAUGUCGUACUUAUAUGGAAAGAGGUUCACAGGACCAUCCACCAAACUUACAGAAGAGCUCAAGGAGGAGCUUUAUGUGGAACCAUACGCCAGUAUCAAUUGGCCUGCACAACGCAAUAACGUGAACAAGAUUGAUCUCUUUCAACCACACUCGGCAAUUAUGGAUGCCUUGAAUGCGAUAUUAUACUAUGGAUACGAAUCCUGUGCUAUACCACCACUCAGACAAGCUGCUUUGAGGAAGGCAUACGAACAUAUUGUACAUGAAGACGAGAACACAUCAUAUCAAGGUUUGGCACCGAUCAACAAGGCAUUUAACCAAUUGUGUAGACUAGACGCUGAGGGAGCUGACUCUGAAGCUGUCAAGAAGCAUGUCGAGAAGUCAGAUGACUUCCUCUGGCUUGGACCUGAUGGUUUGCGUGAGACUGGUACAAAUGGAUCUCAAUUGUGGGAUGCAGCUUUCAUUGCUCAAGCACUCGUCGAAACUGGUUUAGGUGAGGAAGAAGAGAACAAAGGAGCCACAGAGAAACUUCUUGAUUGGCUUGAUAAAUGUCAGAUUAGACAAGAUCCUCCAUACCCAGCAUACCGUCAACCUACUAAGGGUGCUUGGCCAUUCAGUACAGCAGAGCAAGGCUACACCGUUAGUGAUUGUACAGCCGAGGGCAUCAAGUCUGUUAUAUUUUUACAGGAGCAUUUGAAACAUACUAAACAACUCGUCUCGUAUGAGCGUUUACAAGAAUCUGUAGAUUUGCUCCUCGGAAUGCAGAAUGCCGAUGGAGGUUUCGCGUCGUACGAGCUUACGAGAGGCUCGAAACAUCUUGAACUUCUCAAUCCUGCUGAAGUAUUUGGUAAGAUUAUGGUCGAGUAUUCAUACCCGGAAUGCACAACAUCAGUAGUCACAGCCUUGUCACUCUUCAAGAGAUAUCAGCCAAACUAUCGCAGAGAGGAGAUAGAAAAGACAACAGCUGCGGCUAUCAAAUAUAUACAUGCAGCACAGAGACAAGAUGGUAGUUGGUAUGGUAGUUGGGCGAUAUGUUUCACUUAUGCUGCUAUGUUUGCACUUGAAUCAUUGUCGUCAGUUGGUGAACAUUACGAUAACAGCGAGAAAGUCAAAAAAGCAUGUGAAUUUCUCCUCAGUAAGCAGAAAGAAGACGGCGGUUGGGGUGAAUCAUACCUCAGCUGUGAAUUGGAAGAAUACACACAUCAUGAAAACAGCCAGGUUGUUCAGACUUCUUGGGUUAUACUCGCGUUGCUGCACGCAAAAUACCCACAUAAAGAGCCAAUCAAGCGUGCUGUUAGGCUUAUCAUGAGUAGACAAAACAAAGACGGUAGCUGGACGCAGGAAGCGAUUGAAGGUAUUUUCAACAAGAAUUGUGCUAUUUCAUAUCCUAAUUACAAGUUCUCGUUCACGAUUUGGGCAUUAGGUAAGGCGUAUCGCGAAUUUGGUGAUAUAGAUUGGCUGUCGUAA